UUAGUUUUCUUUCGGUUGUGUGCUUUGUCUUACGUAAGGAGAAAUGGGAUUACUCAACACGGUGCUGUUUUUGGUGUUGCCCAUCUUUUGGUUGGCGUAUACCUACUUCCGUCGGAAGUACUCCUACUGGGCGGAUCGGAAUGUCCCGCAGGUUCCGGGAUCGCUGCCGUUGGGGUCGUUCAAUGGCAUGGGAACCAAGUACCAUUUCACGGAGGUGUUGAAACGGGUGUACGACGAUUACCAUAAGACCCACAAGGCCGUUGGGAUGUACUUGUCGGUGAAGCCGAUUUUGUUUGUGAAUGAUAUGGAUCUGAUCAAGAAGAUGUUGGUGAAGGAUUUCAAUAGCUUUAGAGAUCGGGGGAUGUAUUACAAUGAGAAGGAGGAUCCCCUGUCGGCGCAUCUGUUUUCGAUCGAAGGGGAGAGGUGGAGAUUUUUGCGGAACAAGCUGAGUCCGACGUUCACCUCCGGGAAGAUCAAGUACAUGUACCUGACGAUCUGCGAAAUUGGCGAUGAGUUUUUGGCGUGUUUCGAUAAGUAUGUGGAGCGGAAGGAAGCGGUGGAUAUUAAGCCGUUGGCUCAACGGUUUACCAGUGACGUAAUUUCAUCGGUGGCGUUCGGGUUGAAGACAAACGCGUUGAAGAACGAGGGGUCAAAGUUGCUGGACAAGGGCGAUAAAGUGUUCAAACUUGGACGUUGGGAAACGAUUCGGGUCUUCGCGCUAUUGAGCUAUCGUGACUUGGCCAAGAAGUUGGGUUUGCGGCAAUUUCCCAAGGACGUGACGGAUUACUUCAUGGACGUCAUUCGAGGAACGGUGGAUCAUCGCGAGAAGACCAAUGUGGUGCGGCAGGACUUCCUUCAAAUGCUGCUGCAGUUGAAGAACAAGGGAACAAUCGAGGAUCACGAGGAGGAAUCGAAGGAAAAGAUCACUUUGGAUGAGCUGGCUGCCCAGGCUUUCCUGUUCUUCUUCGCUGGUUUUGAAACGACUUCAACGACUGUAUCUUUCGCUUUGUUCGAACUGGCCAACAAUCCCGAAGUUCAGGAAAAGACUCGCCAGGAAGUUCUUCGCGUAUUGGAGAAGCACGGUGGACACCUCACGUACGAUGCCAUCAAGGAUAUGACCUAUCUGGAGCAGGUCGUCAACGAAACCCUUCGCAAACACCCCCCGGUAGGCAACCUGAUCCGCUUGGCCAACGACCCGUACCGCAUCGACAGCCUGGACACCACCAUCGAACGGGACACCAUGAUCAUGAUCCCGGUCUACGGAAUCCACCACGACCCGGAGAUCUAUCCGAACCCGGACCGUUUCGACCCAGACCGCUUUACGCCGGAGGCCAUCAGCGCUCGCCAUUCGCACAGUUUCCUCCCGUUCGGUGAUGGCCCCCGUAACUGCAUCGGAAUGCGCUUCGCUCUGGUAGAGGUCAAGUUCGGCAUCGCUCAGCUGUUGAGUCGGUUGCGCUUUACCGUCAACGAGAAAACCCAAUUCCCCAUCCAGUACGAUCCGAAGUCGCAGUUUGCCGAGGUGAAGGGCGGCAUCUGGUUGAACGUGGAGCGGCUGUCAGCAAUCCACCAUGAGGACCGACCGUUGGCAACAUCGAAGCCCCGAGCGACGCGUGUCAAUGCCCCUGGAACGGCAACGGUCACCAAUACUUCGAUCGACGCAAUCCAGGCCAACAUCAUCCGAUGGCCUUUCGCUGAUGCCAGCAAGAUUCUCAUCGAGCCCCACCGGAGGACGCAGAGAAAGGAUCAAGCGAUGGAUCCGGUUACGGUGAUUGUAACGUUGUUGGUGUGCCUGUCGGGUCUGGUGUUCUACUUCCUUCGGCGAGAGCAGCAGCAAUGGUCUCGAUUGGGCGUUCCGUUCGCCAAGAACCCGCACAUGAUCUUCGGUAACGUUCGGGGGAUAUUCCAGAAGGAGCAUAGCUGCGAGGUGCUGCAGCGGUUGUACUGGGAGUUCAAGGGGCGUGGGCUGAAGAUCGGAGGAAUCAUGAACUUCUUCCAGCCGGCGGUUUUGGUGAUCGACCCGGAGAUCAGCAAGAGCGUUCUGGUGAAGGACUUCCACAAGUUUCACGAUCGGGGCGUGUUCGUAGAUCCGAUGGGGGACCCGUUGAGCGCCAAUCUGUUCAGCUUGGAGGGAGCCCAGUGGAAGGCCAUGCGUACGAAGAUGUCCCCGACGUUUACCUCGGGGAAGAUGAAGUACAUGUUUGACACGAUGUUGAACGUUGCGGAUAGAUUGAAGGAGUAUUUGGCGGAGAACUGCCGGAAGGAGGACAUCGAGUUGAAGAACAUCCUGCAGCGAUUCACGAUGGAUGUGAUUGGGAAUGUGGCGUUCGGGGUGGAGUGCAAUUCGAUCAAGAAUCCCAGCUCGGAGUUUAGGUUGAUGGGAUUGAAAGCGAACCGGUUCGACGCGGUAAGGUUUUUGAAGUUCUUCAUCGGAGGCAGCUACAAGAGCUUCGCGAAGAAGAUCAAUUUGAAGGUCGUGGAGGAGGACGUUAACAGGUUCUUCAUAAGCUUGGUGCACAGUACGGUGGGCUACAGGGAAGGGAACAACGUGAAACGCAAUGACUUUUUGAACCUGUUGAUGGAGAUCAAGAACAAAGGAAAGUUCAGCGAUGAGCCCAAUUCGGGCGGCGAAGGAAUUACGAUGAAUGAGAUUGCGGCGCAGUGUUUCAUCUUCUUCGCGGCGGGUUUCGAGACUUCUUCGACGACGAUGAAUUUCUGCUUGUACGAGUUGGCCGCCAAUCCGGACAUACAGGACCGACUUCGGAACGAGAUUGAGGACUCCAUUGCGAAGGACGGUGGAGAGCUGAAGUACGACACGCUCCUGGGUAUGAACUACCUGGAUCGAGUUGUCAGUGAAACCCUUCGGAAGUACUCUCCGGUGGACAACCUCUUCCGGAUGGCCAACUCGCCGUACACCCCGGAAGGCUGCUCGUUCACCAUUCCGGCCGGAACUCUCUUCCAGAUUCCCAUCCACUCGAUGCACCACGAUCCGGAAUACUUCCCGAAUCCGUCCCGCUUCGACCCGGAUCGCUUCCUCCCCGAAGCCGUCAGAUCUCGCCAUCCGUACGUGUAUCUACCCUUUGGUGAAGGACCUCGGGUGUGCAUCGGUAUGCGAUUCGGCCUGAUGCAGACCAAGAUCGGCCUGGUAACGUUGCUGAGGAACUUCCGGUUUGCGCCUCGAUCCGAGACUCCGGACCGAUUGCAGUUCGAAGCAAAGAGUUUUGUGCUGUCGCCGAAGACCGGGAUGUACUUGAAGAUUGAACCGAUUGGAGAGUGAGAGGUUUGAAUGAAAAGUUUUCUGUUGGUCAAAUGUUGGGAAGCGCUAUAUAGAAUGUAUCAAACUGCUCCACAUGCAACCGAUACGAAAUCUCGGGGCACAGCUCUUGUUGUCGGUUGAUUGAAGGGAUUCGAUAAACAGACAACUUGAUAAGGUUGAGCAGAGACAGAUGGUGGCGACAGCAAUCUUCGCGGGAGUGGCAAUCAAAACUUCUGCAAGUCAUUGAUAAUUAUUAUUUACAUCAUUAUCGGUAAUUGAUACGUACCAGCCCUAUGUAUGGCGUUUUAAAGGAAAAGUGCUUAAUAAAUAUGAUUCAUCUAUUACUAAUAGUGUCUGAAAAAGUAACACAAUGAAACUUAAAGCAAAUACAAUACUAAUUCAAGUGACAGUUAA